AUGGAGCCGGACGCGUGCGCAGGAGCCGAAUACGGCAUCCGUGCCAUCCACCACAGAGCGCAUCGCCGCCCUGAAAGCAGAGAACGCCGCCGACAGCAAUGUUUCUACUCCCCCUCGAUCGGUGACGACGGCGAUAACACUUAUGCAUAUGCACAAUUCAAGCCGUCUUUUCCUGAUAUCUCCUGGCCUCCCCUCACAGAAGUCGCCGUCAGCGAUCGCGGGCUGCUAGCUGAUCCAGCAAAGAAAAGCCUGUUGAGUGCCGCGAGCAAAGUCCGGCAUCUCACGCCCGCCAUUGGAACAGAGCUUCUUGGGAUUGACCUCAGACAGCUUACGGAUGCGCAGAAAGACGAGCUAGCGUUGCUGGUAGCUGAACGCGGUGUUGUUUUUUUCCGCGAUCAAGAAAUUGAUGUUUAUGGUCAACUGGAUAUCGCACGCCAUUUUGGCCCAUUGCACAAGCACGCAACGACACCAAUUCCGCGAAAUGGCCUCGAAGAAGUUCACGUCGUAUAUAACGACUCUUCACGUCGACCUGACCCAGCAUCAUUUUCGAAGCUCGAGCUUUGGCAUACUGAUGUGUCCUACGAAAUUCAGCCUCCCAGCACGACUUCUCUCAAAGUAAUCACCGGACCAGAGUACGGCGGGGACACACUCUGGAGCUCUGGUUACGCGCUCUAUUCUUCCUUCAGCCCCGGAUUCCAAAAGUACCUCGAGGGACUGACCGCCUUGCACAGCGCCGUUGCCCAAGCCGACGGGUCACGUGCUGCCGGCCUCCCCGUCCGCCGCGAGCCUAUCGAGACCAUCCACCCCGUCGUCCGUGUCCAUCCCGUGACCGGCUGGAAGAGCAUCUACGUCAACCCUGGCUUCACCCGCCGCAUCAUCGGCCUCCCCAAGGCCGAAUCGGACGCCAUCCUACAGCUGCUCUUCCACCAGAUCGCCCAGAACCCCGACUUCCAGGUCCGCUUCAAGUGGGAGCACAACGACAUCGCGUUCUGGGAUAAUCGCGUCGUCACCCACUCCGCGACAUUCGACUUUUUCCCCGAAACGCGCCACGCCUUGCGCGCGACACCGCAUGGGGAGAAACCGCUUUCCGUCGCCGCGUAUGAGAAGCAGACGGGCAAGGUUGCGAAGGACCGGCAGAUCGAGAUCUGGCGCCAGAAGGGGAUUGAGCUGCCUGGGGGUGGCGAUGAGAAGCCUAAAGUCGCGAGGUACAACGAUUAG